CGCAAUUCACAAGAGCAGAGAGUCGCCUCCUUGUGGGAGCUUCACCCCGGGAGUAUCUAAUAAGCAGAGUCUAUAAUAAGGCUUGAGAACAGCCUGGAAGGCAACAACCAGGGCGAACCCACGCCCUCGCUCAGCAAACCCGCAGCGGAGAACACGUGUCUUGCUGCGGGCGUUGGGUGAGUGCUGCCCGGUGUGUGUGUCUCUGUCUGCGGCAGGAGGACCAUGGAGGCCGGGGAGGACGGGGACAAAGGCCCGGGGGCAGAGCGGCUCCGGCGGCGGGACGGGAGGCUCGGAACACUGAGAACAGAGAGAACCCUGAGAACCCUCCACGGCCUGUCUGCAGGAACACCGAGAACCCUCCACGGCCUGCGGGGAACCCGCAACGCACCGCACGUUCACACCGGGGGACGACCACAAUGCACUGGCUCCUGUCCAAAUCUGAUGAUGAGUAGGAGUGAGCACGCCGAUGCCAGGCCCAUCCCCGUGGCCCUCACCCCCCAGCUCCCCCCCAGAGCUCACCGGCCCCUCUGCAUGUCGGUCUCCUCCGACAGCAGCGGACGCUUCAGAGCGCUGGAGACGCAGGAGUGGAAGAACAACCUCAAGGCUCAGAUGGAGCAGGCCCACAGCGCAGGAGCCGCCAGCAGCACAGGAUCUCUGGAGCGAGCGUCUCUGUUCUGCGCCUCCGCCUCCACCACGGCGUCCAGCUCCAGCCUGUCCAGCCCGGUGGAGAUCCUCAACAAGAGCAAGUCCUCCAGCCGCUUCUCUCUCUUCUCUCCGCCGUGGAACAGCAGCUCCGAGUCCGACUCCAACCCUCCAUCCCGCUCGGGCUCCAAGAAGCUGCGUAACUACAGCAGGAGAGCCGCCACGGGGCCGGCAGGCGCCAGGGGCCCCGACACGCCGGAACCCAAACCCAGCGGCCCCGAACACUUCCAGUACUCUGAACCCGUCAUCUCCAAGGUGACGGACUACAUCUAUGUCGGCAACCUGAACGCGGCGUACAACGGGCGCACUCUGUGCCGCAACAACAUCGACAGCAUCAUCGACAUGAGCAGCGUGCCGGGGAGCCGGGCCCCAGCCUCAACCUCGUGCCGUGCACCUGCUCCCGCGGCGCCCGCCACAGCUGGUCCCGCCUCAAGGUGGACAUCGGAGACGUGCCGGACGCCCUGGGCGACGGCCCGGCCCUGAAGCAGCGCUGCUUCGAGGACAUCAACGAGUGCAUCGACGCCUCCACCGAGAAGAGGAAGCGCGUCCUGGUGCAUUGUCGAGACGGGUUCUCCCUGGCGCCGACGUGCAUCAUCCAGUACCUGAUGGUGAAACAGAACAUGAGGCUGAUCGCCGCCUACGAGCUACUGAGGUCCAAGUACCCGGUCAACAUCAGGGAGUGCCACCAGAACGUGCUGGUGAGCCUGGAGAGGGCGCUGCGGCCCGGAGGCAACACCGACCCCGAGUGCUUCAAACAGGCUAUUUCACGCAAAGUGGCGUGGACCUGACUCCGUUUCCCAACAUGCUCGGCUGCUGCUCAAGACUCUCUCUCUCCAUCCACCCUCCCAUGGUAUUAGAUAUUUUCCUAAAGACAACGGGGGCAGCUGUUCUUUCCUCUGUCGACUGGUCAACUGGAUAUUAUUGAGUUCAGUGGUUGUGAAAGUUAUGAAUUUGAUGUAUUUCCUCUUCAAAACCUGUAAAUGUGACCCCCCUCUCAGAACAGGAGACGCAAUAGACUUCACUGUAAUAUACACCGCUCCUUGGUAUCGAGAUGUAACCGUGUUGGCUGUAUAGUUGAUAUAGUCCUGCUUCAGUUCCGUGCCAUGCCGUUGUGGUGGUGUUUUUAUAUCAGGGGAGUUUUCUUAACGGGGGAUCUCAGGAGAUUAUUGAUGUCAUUCCAGCACAGGGUGGGAAAUUACUCAUUAGGUUAGUCCGCGACCUUGUUCACACCUGGCACUAAAAUGCGUCUUGGUUAGCUGUGUGUACAGUGUUUCCUAUUAUUUACCUCCACGUGGCGGACCACCAAGGUCUGUUCUGUCCCGCCACAUUUCAUUUUAAACCAAAAACAGUUGGCUGGCCAGCAUUCUCCAAUAGAAAUACAUUUAAAUAUUUGCUUUGAUUAGAGAAAAUCUUGGCAUUAGUAGUUUUAAAUAUGUAUUAUGAACUACUUAGAGCUCGUGUAAGGAAGUGAAACGAGUCAGAACUUCAAAAAAUCUCCUGCAAACAAAUAUAUUUUAUAUUUUUUCAAGUUUCUUGCAAAAAACUAAAUUUGACAAGAUUACACUUGAACACAUCAUGAUGCUUUUAUUAUAUACCUUUGUCCAACACUCAUUUUUACUGAGUAGACUUUGAACUCAUAAUCGAAUUCAAUGCCACCUCCAAUAACGUUAGCUGUUAGCUCAGUAAGGGCCAAGCAGGACUGUGCUGCCCGCCGCCAUGUUGAGAGCCACGUGGAAGCAAUCGUACCAUUAUAGAUAUAGAUAACUAUGAUAGGAUUUUCUUCAAACACAGUUGGGACCUGUUCAUCAAAACAUCGCUCCAUUAGGUACAAAACAACAGUUUAUACCUAAAGUGAGUUAUCAAAGAGCCUGACCUUUCUCUGUGGAGCCUACAUUCUGUUUUAACAGCAGCUUCACUUUCCUCACAGAUAAAAACAACAUUUCUAAGUGAAAUCGAGACACUGGAGUCACAGGAGAUGCAUUUCUAGAAAUAUUUCUGAUGCCAGGUGUGAACUUGAUCCAAUCUGCAAAGAUUUCACAAUCAAGCAAGUAACUGACCACCAGUUUGGUGUUUUGGAGUUUUUCUUCCUUAAAAUAUAUUUUGCUGGUAAUCAUGGUUUGUUUGGAUGUUCUAGCCGUUGUAGUCGGUGGGGGGGGGUAAAAAGGAGUUGCUGAUACUCUGUACAUUUGAGGACGUACGUGUGAUUGGAUCUAUCACCACUGACUGGAUUACAUUACCGAUGAAUCUGAUUCUAUCGCAAGAGGAAACUUUGCACUGGGACGCACAUUUUAAGUCUGACCUGCUUUGACCUUUGUGUUUUUUCCUCUUUGAGGUCAUCCUUUGAGGAGGAGGAACGUCCCGACCUGUCCUCUGUGAGGAUCACUGUAUCCCCCGUUUCAGCCACAGUACGUUUGGUUAAAUCCCUUCGGCGGUGCUCAGACUGUGACUUUGUGAAUUUGAACUUCAGCGUAUGCAGUGGAGCCGGGCGGACGCACAUCUCUGUGGAUUAUCAGUAUUAUUGUAUCGGUGCCACUAAACUGCGAUCUGCCGAUUUUACACUGCAACAGAUGGAUUUUGCACUACUCACAGGGUUGUCCAAAAUGCAAGUUAUUGCCUUUUUGUUUUAAUUUUGUUUGAAUUGUUGUUAUUUUGGGAGGAUGACAUUUCACAUAUGAGGGAGAUGUUUACAUGCUCAUUUCAAUAAGCAGAGGUAAUGGUUCAAUUAAAGUGUUUACGUGGUUCACGCUAUCUGAUUUCCCCGAAACAUGUUUUUGAUUGUUGUGUUGACCUGCAGUUUAAUAUCUUCUUCUUUUCUGAAUACAAUGUUUUUCUACAGCUUUUGUUUAGUAACACAAUCAUAUUAUAAAAUCAGUCAAAGAAAAGUAAAAACUUGACAGUGCUUACGAGGGCUGAGACUAUUGAUUAUUUAUCACUAAAUUGAUAACAGACCUUAGUUUCAGGUGACAUUCAAAGGUGUCGUUUUGACUCACAAAAAAGUCCAAACCCCAAAAUAUUCACCUUAACAAUAAAAAAACAGUAGAAUACUCGCAUUGGAGAAUGUUUAUUAUUUAUGCUUUAAUAGGUGACUUAGAAGAUUGAUUAUUACAGAUUGCAGACUUUAUUUUUCUGUCUAUUGACUAAAUACUGAAUCAAUCAAUAGUCUCAACACUAGUACCAACAUUUAGUACAUAACACAACAAACAAUUCAGCAAGUACUGAGAGAACUAAUCAGGGUAAAUGUUUGCCCGAUAUCUAGCUACAGAGGACUACGUUUUUUGUUGUUUGUUUGCCUUCCAGCCAACAUUAUAAUCUAAAAAAACACCAUUUUAUCCGAACUCUGCUUCAUUUCUUCAUCUGUGUUAUUUUUUGUUUGACCAGGUAGAGCAAUGUCUCUGAUGGAACCACAUAAUGUUUUUAUUUUCCCCCCUUAUUCCAGAAAAGAAGAAAAUAUUCCUACUAAGCUAUUUACAUGGCUAAUAAAAACAUAUUUGUUUUGCUAAAAUUAUUUCAUUACAUGCAGCCUUGGAUACUCUGUUAACGUUGGCGAUGCAAUAUUUGUGCAUAUCUCAAAAACCUGUUGAUAUCCACAUUUUUCAUAAUGCCUAAAAGUAGGUGUAAAGCUUACUUACUGUUGGCUAGUUGGUUUGUGAACAACACACUGAAGCUGUCUUUAACCAGGACAGAGGCAGUGUGUUGCAAACUGCUGAAAAACCCCAAAUUGAGACGCAUAUUCUGAAUGCGCUGUUUAUAUUCUAAUAGAAUUUAUCCUAAAAACUUGGAUAAUAUCGCCAUAUCCCGUCUUAAUUGGAAAAUGCCUCAUUUGGAAUUAAGAGUGUUGCAUGUAAAUGUGAGACAGCUGGCAGCUUUAAUCUGGAUAUGAAGAUCAUAGUCUUCUCAAACUUGGUUGAAAUGACAUUUUUCUUUACAAUUAGAAUUUGAACCAUUUUUGGUGGCAGGCUGGGAAAGGAUUUCACUACUUUGUGAUGUAAAGCUCUGAGAAGCCUGAAAAUGGGUCCGAUCUUAAAUCCGUUUGGAUAGUUGUGUCAACAAAACCAGUUACAGGAAGCUAUCGAUGGUUCAGGCUGGUCGGUCUACAUGCUUUAAUCAGCUAAAAGUUGGGUUCUGGUUUGCUAACAGUCCAGUUAAGUGGUUAAAAGUUCAAUUCUAACGGUUUGUGUCCCAUUUAACUGAAAACGUUCCCCUCAUACCAAGCUUUUGUUGCACUUUGAACUUUGAAACCUCUCAUCAAAGCUAAAAGAAUUGGAAGCGCAAAACUUGAACCCGACAGAUAUUAGCCCACUAUUGGAUUAUUCUCUCCAGCCAAAUUCAUUUAACAGAAAUACUUUUGCUGUAAACUGAAAGCUAGUGAACAGCUCAGUUAAGCAGCUGAAAGUUAAGUUGUAGUUUUGAAGCCACAGGUUACGUUCUGGUUAGCAGACGGUUCCAUAGAGCAGCCUUCUCUUGGACGAUACCAGUUCACGAGAGAUACUUUUGCUGUAGAUUCGUUAGCUAGCUAGUUUGGUUCUGGUUAGCUAACGGUUCAAUUAAGACGCAAAAAAUGAUCUGGUUUGCUACAAUCCAGUUAAAAUUUUGGAUCUAAUUAGUUUCCAGUUUGUCAAUGAAGUAAAGUAUUUUUAUUGCAAAGUAUGAUGCGUGAACAUUAAAGGUAUUUUUAGUUUAAAGUAUGCACAAGACAGAUAUUCCACUUUGAUUUAUCCGCUGGACACUAGUGGUUCAAUGGAGACAAUUUCCUCUGAAUUCGUUAGCUAGUGAAGAUAGCUUCUGGUUAGCUAACGGAUCAAUUAAGCAGAGAAGACAGUUCAGUUUAGGAGUUACAAUUUAAAUUCUAAUUAGCUAAAAGUUUGUGUUGGUUAAAUCAAUGAAAACUUUGAAGUCUACCGUCGUAGCUAAAGGUACUUUAAGCGCCAAAAAUGAAACAGACAGAUUCUGGCCGACUAUUGGAUUGUUCACUGUAUGACUAUUUAAGAACAGAGCGAUACCUGUGUAUGAUAAACUUCUGCCUGUUAAGAUCAUGCAAACACUGAUAUUUUGUCUGAAAAAAGGACAACCUUUUUUUUGCAAUGUUAAUUUUAAAUUAGAUUUUUUAAUUUAUUUGAUUUUUAUAUUGUUUUAGUUGGGCAGCCUCAGUGGAAAUCUGUUGUACAGGACAUUUCUAACCUUGGUGACGUUGACCCCCAGCAGCACAGUGAGGGACGCGGUGCGGGUGGAAGCGUUUGGUUCCUUCAUUUGGAGUUGUCUUGUGACCGUUCGGUGACAUUUGCACACUUUGUAAGACUUUAACUCCUCUUGAUAUGUCGUGAAAUGUUGAAUAUUUUUUGGAUGUUUUAUUUUGAGCAAACAAAGUAUGAACAUGACAAUUGUGUAAAAUGGUCCUUGCUGUAAUAUAUUUGUACCGGUGUUUUACUAAAGCAGGUGAUGAGACCGAAGAAGAGGAUGUAUUUCUCGACAUGUUCAUAGGUGACACUGUAGUAGAUUAAGUAUCAGCACAUUUUGGUUUUUCCCCUCGUUGUAAAUGCUCAUCAUAUCAAUCUGAAUAGGUUUUCUAACUCGUUCUCUCAGGUGAUUUCUCAGUGGCCCAGAAUGUUCUCAAUGAAUAUGAUAUUCAGAAAUGUGAAGCGAUGUAUUUCUCAUGUCAUGUUUCUUGAGUCAGAUAUAAUUUGUACUGUUGA